AUGUUCGACAAUUGCGCGCGAAUUUUUCUGUUAGUUUCACUGUUAUUCAAUUCCGUGUGUACAGUUUUGUUUUUCUCUAUUUCAUUUACGAUUUCUCUCCAACUGACGCUGUUUCUCCCACCACACAGAUUCCUCCUUCUUCUACUCUCUCUCUCCCUCUAUCUCUCUUCACUCUCUCUCUCUCUUACUCUCACUCUUACCACUGCUUUAUUUGUCCGCAUUCUCUUACUCUGUCUUCCUCCUUGUCUCUUUUUUUCUCUUUUUUUUCCUCUUCAGCAGCUAUUUUCUGUUCCUUGUUUGUCUUUCUCUUUACUUCUCUCUUUUCUUUCUUUCUUUGUCUCUCUUGCUCUCCUCCAUCGUUUACUCUAUCUAUUUUUCUCACUUUCUUUUCCCCUUUCUUAUUCUUCUUCUCUCAUUUAUUCUUUCUCUGAUUGCGUGCUAUCACUCUCUCUCGUUCUCUCUCUCUCUCUCGUUCUCUCUCUCUCUCUCGUUCUCUCUCUCUCUCUCUCGUUCUCUCUCUCUCUCUCGUUCUCUCUCUCUCUCUCUCUCUCUCUCUCUCUCUCUCUCUCGUUCUCUCUCUCUCUCGUUCUCUCUCUCUCUCUCUCUCUCUCGUUCUCUCUCUCUCUCUCUCGUUCUCUCUCUCUCGUUCUCUCUCUCUCUCUCGUUCUCUCUCUCCUCCCCGCCCCCUCUUUUUCUCUGUCUAUUUUUCUCAGUAUCGUUUCCCCUUUCUUAUCCUACUUCUUUCAUUUCUUCUUUCUCUUGCUGUGCUCUGUCACUCUCUUUCUCUCUCUCUUUCUUCCCGCGUCUCUCUUUUUUCUCUUUCUCACCGUUGCUUUCUCGUUUUCUGUCCUCCCCAUUUUCUCUUUCUUUUCACUCUCUCUCUCUCUCUCUCUCUCUCUCUCUCUCUCUCUCUCUCGUACUGCUCCGUUUCUUCUUUUUCUCGUCUGCUUUUUCUCUGUCUGUAUGUCUGUCCGUCCGUCUGUCUGUCCCUGUCUCAGUCUGUCUGUCUGUCUGUCUCUGUCUGUCUGUCUGUCUCUCUCUCUCUCUCUCUCUCUCUCUCUCUCUCUCUCUCGUAUUGCUCCCUUUCUUCUUUUUCUCGUCCGCUUUUCCUCUGUGUGUCAUCUGUCUGUCUGUCUGUCUGCCUCUCUCUCUCUCUCUCUCUCUCUCUCUCUCUCUGUCUCUCUCGUAUUGCUCCCUUUCUUCUUUUUCUCGUCUGCUUUUCCUCUGUGUGUCAGUCCGUCCGUCCGUCGGUCUGUCUGUCCCUGUCUCUGUCAGUCUGUCUGUCUGUCUGUCUCUCUCCCUAUCUUUCUUUUUCUCUUUUCUAUUUUCUCUAACCCAUACGCGCUUUUUUUUUCUCUAUUUUCCUCUCCCUACUACUCGCUGGCUGCUAUAUCCCGUCUCUCUUCUCUCUUUUUGCUUCUCUCUCAUUUUAACUUCCUUUCUUUCUUUCUUUCUUUCUCAUUCACGUUGCAUUCUUUUCCUCUCUAUCCCUACUACUUAUUCAUUAUUUCCGCCGUUAUCACACUCAUUCUUUCUUUCUCUCCCAUGACCUUUCCAUCGAUUGCUCUUUCUAUCCUUAGUCUUCUCUAUCUUUACCAUUCUCUCUCUUCCAGUCUCUCUAUCUCUCCGAUCUUUUAUGUUUUUCUUUCUUUUCUUCUCUCUUUCUCCCCCUCUCACCACUUCUUUCUAUCACAUUCUUUCUCUUUAGCUGCUCUCCUCUUUUUUUUUUUAUCUAUAUCCGCUGCAAUUUGGUUCUCUCUUUCUCUUCCACUGAUGCCCUCCAUUUCUCUCUCUCUCUGCCUCUCUCUCUCUCUCUCUCUCUCUGCCUCUCUAUCUCUCAAUGCUUCCUUUCUCUUUCUAUACGCCUGCUCUGCAAAUGCAUUCAUUCGCAAGCAUUAA